UCAAAGUUGGCAGCAACGCCUCCGUCCAGGUUUCUCUGGCUCACUUUCUUAUCGCUGUUUUGGGAUAUUUUUAAAAUACUUUAUAGCUUCAUGUUUUCGCUCGUGUGGCUGUAAGGGCAUGGAAGGCCAAGUUAUCGGACCCGGGCCAUACCGGGCCACGAAGCUGUGGAAUGAAACCAUUAAACUUUUUCGUGGAGGUAUGCCGUUACGGAGGCACUGGGCGAACUUUCGCUGCUACGACUGCACUUUCACCGGUUCAGAGGCGGUGGAUUACCUUCAUGAGCUGCUCCGAAGCAACUACAACUUUGGGCCUGAAGUAACGCGUUACCAGACUCUGCAGCUGCUCAGGAAGUUCUUUAAAGCCCAUGUGAUUGAAGACGUCAAAGGACGCCACGGGACAGAGGACUUUGAAGACAACAGCCAUCUGUACAGGUUCCCCACAAUGUCUCCGCUCAAGACUCUUCCAACAAGACCGUCAUGGAGAGACGACAGCGACCUGCCCAGGCUCAUCCGCUGGGAUGACUACGAGGAACUGCCUCAGAAAGAAAACGUUGCACCUCAGAAAUCUGCAGUACUGACUUCGGACUUAUGGAAUAAAAGACACAGCGUUGCCAUUGGAGAUGUGCAUGAAUGCAAGCUCAUACGUAGGAGGGAAGUAACUUCCAAACAAGUGGACCACAUCUGGAAAUCGAUGACUAUCACACAUUUGCAGAGAAUUCUGGGCCUGAAGACUUUGGAUGGAAUUUUAAACCCAGCGCCUGUGAAUGGGAAAGACAUUGUUGUCAAUAUCUACAAUGUUAAUAAAACAGGCAUAGUUGUACUGGAAAACAAAGCUGAUGACAUGCCAUAUUGGGUAAUCUCAGCAAUGAAAUGCCUUGCAAACUGGCCUGAAUGCAACGACGCCAAACAGCCGCUGUACCCAGGGUUUGAGAGAGAUGUUCUGAGGACCGUAGCAGAUUAUUAUCAGAGACUAAAAGAGCCCUUGCUGACCUUCCAUCUUUACGAGGUCUUUGUCAACAUCCUCAGCCUGCUACAGGAGCAGGAUAAAGCCACCGAGGCUCUUCAAGUCAGCUGCCUACUGCUGCCACCACCAAACCGCAGACGGCUCCAGCUUUUACUGCGCCUCAUGGCCCGCGCCUGCCACAAUCCCCACCUGCCUCCUCUUAAUGACACUAUUGGUACCCGCACGCUGAUGGUGCAGAUGUUCUCUCACUGCGUCCUGCGCUCCCCCGAUGACAUGGACUUGGACGAGUUGCUCGCUACCAAACUGGUGACCUUCAUGAUGGAGCACCACAGCGCGAUCUUCCAGGUGAAUGCCAAGCUGCGCUGCCAGGUUGAGGAGCAUCUGUCACACUUGAAAAGAGCUCAGAUCAAAUAUGCAGGCUCGGAUACGGAUUUCAGCGCAUCACCGGCUUUCUGCAAACAGAUCAAGAGAGUAGACUGUGAGGAGCAGAAAGUUAUAGGAACACAGAUCCCCCUGCAGCAGCUGCUGGAGGGUCUGAUCGCAGACCAAGAACUCCCUGCAAAAGACAAGAGGAAAAGACUCAAACAGUUCCAGAAGUCUUACCCAGAGGUGUACCAAAAACGAUUUCCCACUGAGGAAAGUAAAGCUGCUGUCAUUCCUGAGAAAGCCCCACGGCUCAAGCCUCACCUUGUGCUUUUCAACCUCAAGAAACCAUUCCAGCCUUUUCAGAGAAGCUGGAGUUUUAGGGCAUGAGCCACCACUACGGAUGCUUCUUUCUGCUUCAACCUCCAAAAUCCAUCCCAACUUCAUUUAAUCACAAAGCACUACAAUUGUAGCUUUAGCUGUGGGUGGACUGGCCACAGUUUUGCUACAUUUUAUUAACAAUAGUUCGAUUUCAAUGAUCAAAUUGGUUUCUGUGGUAUUGUUAGGCAUAAAGGCAAAUUUAGUCAAUUUUUAUAAUCCCAAGGGAUUUUUGCCUUUCCACAUAAUCUAUUUUGGCAGAUGAACACUUGCACUUAUCAUCAUGUGGGAGGGUGAACAGAUCUUUUUCUAAGGGCACGUAUCAUAUUUUCUACAACUUGUAUGUUAAGGUUUAAGCUCCAAGUCAAGACAAAAUAUGUAUGGGGCAACAUUGUGUUCAAAAUGUUAAACUCUGGCAUUGAUGCAUAUCACAAAAUUCAUCUCAGAUAAAAGUAGUGAUGACAAACUCUUAAGUUUUGAUAUAAAUUCAUAAAGUAAGGAGUGAUAUAACCAUUUGUCCAGAUAAGAGAACAAAGUUAGAUGUGUUAUCUCAAAGCCAUGGCUUGGAGACCUAGUAGACAAGCAACCUAUCCAGGCAUUUAAAAGUAGAGAUGCAAAUCUUCCAGUGUCUUGCAAUCUCGAAUUUUAGGGUCCUGAUUCGAUUCAGAAACAACAUUAAAUUCAGAAACAAUUUUUGUCUUUUCAAAUGAUCUACAGAUUUUGUUUAAGUAAUCUGACUGACAAGGGGAAAACACAGUGUAAACAAAUAGAAUAUUUAAAACAAUUUUAUAAGGUUGCCUACUAUAUCAAAUUCCAUCAGUUUAUAUUUAAACUAAUAUAGGGUCUCUGCCACUUAAAGUACCAGCUAAGUUAGCUUAGCUUAGCUGCCUGGCUUUUUUUUUUUUUCAUUAAAAAGAAUAUACACAUUAUCACUCCCUGCUGUACUUGUCAGCAUUUAACUGCAGUAAAUUGAAGCUGACGUCGAAACGUUAUUCCAAGACCAUCAUCAGUCACACGACUUAAACUCAUUAAGCCUGUCUGACAUUAGUAUUUGCAUAAAACAUUGUUUAGCUAUUAAAGGAGACUUCACGCUAUUUUUACACAUGGUAAGGUCUAUAUAAUUUGUUUAUUUGAUACUAAAUAAAAAGACAUUACAAAGAACGAUGGAAUAUUAUUUGCCCUUUGAGAAAAGUUUUGUUUUGUUUGUUUUUUUUUCUUUCUUUUUUCCCAAAACUUGAAAUGAUGAUAUAAUUGAUGUAAUAACACUGGAGUUAUCAGUCAUCUUAAAAUAAAUAUUUUGAAUUUAUGCUUUUUUUAUUUUAUUUUAUAGAUACAAAAAAAAACUGAAGUUGCUUAGAUAAAAGUUUCAAAAGUAUUGACAAGUUUUGUGUGUAGAUUAUCCCACCUCGUUCAGUAUUGAUCAUGUGAAUUCCUCAAUUUUCUAAGAGAUGAUUUUUCUGUUACAUAUCAGAUAUUUUUGAUGCAUUUGUUACUCAGUGGAUUAAGUUAGGGGCAGAAAUGUCCAUGUUUUGCUGUAAUGAUAAUGAUGCUGAAUUUAGGCAGCUUAAUUGUUUACUAAUUUUUAAUAAUGUAAUAAUUUACCUACUGUAAAUGAACAUAUCAAAUGGUUCUGUAGAACUGCUCACUCAGAACAGAAUCAUGAAUGGAUUCAAACUUGACUGGUACUUUAACAACCACUUUAUAAACAGACUUAGACUGUCUUGAUGUAUUUCUUUCCUUUCAUUAUUAACAUUUCUUUCUAAUGUUUUUUUUUUGUAUAACUGCACUGUCGAGACCUCAUCUCAUGUUUUUAUGUGAUGCUUUUUGUUAUGCAUAUAUGUCUUACUUCCUUAAAUGGUACUUAUUUCAUUUACUUCCCCCCCCCCACCCU